GAGGAGGAGGAGGAGGAGGAAGAGGAGAGCGGCAGGGAUAAACAAAGUACAGGACACACAGACAAAGAACAGAGAGGAGAAUGUACUGACAGGUGUGUCUCAGCGUGAGAGUAAAACUUGCUGGAGUCGGAGCCAGGAGCUCAGAACCUGAAAGGAGAGAGAAAGAGAGACAGCACUUGGCUUCACCUGGGAGACACUUGGAAAGCUAAAAGCUAAAAGCUGGUGCUCUAUCUACAGACAUAUCUACUAAACAGAACUAAAGACUUCUCUAUCCAGAGGUAUCUUUAUAUGAUGCUCACACCAUCCGGUGGGCCCCAGCAAGUGAGUCCAACUUCUACCUGCUCUCACAAGGGGCUGUGCUGCACCUGAAUCUUCUUCUCCAAAACAUCUCAAGUCAACCUCUGAGGCUACAGGACAUGAUGGAGUCUCCACUUCUUGCUUAUCCACAGAGUGAUGAGGAGCAGAGGGAAAGGACAAGGCUCUGCUCAAGCUCCAGUGGAGGUCGCCGUAAAAGGGCGUUUAUCUCAGACGAAAAGAAAGAUGCCAGUUACUGGGAAAAAAGGAGGAAAAACAACGAGGCGGCCAAAAAGUCCCGUGAGAAGAGACGCUUCCAGGACAUAGUGCUGGAGGGAAAGGUGCAGGCCCUGGAUGAGGAGAAUGGCAGGCUCCGAAGUGAGCUGCUUCAGCUCAAGUUACGCUUUGGACUUAUAUCUGCAACCUCCUUUUUGGAGACAGGGCAAGGGCUUGGGGGCCGUGCAAGUUUGGACAAUGGGGCUUUGCCAUGCGAUGGAGGGAAUGGAGCCUACUCCUCCUCAUACCUAGGCAUGAAUUCUGACUUUUCUGAAGCAGAGAGUGGAGGGGGUGCAGCAAUGGGUGGUUACUCUCCUCGUGGUUCCAUCUCUGACCUCUCCGAUCAUUCCUCAAGGGGCAGCCCAGGGCCGAGCACUUAUGGUGAUGAAAGGUCCACAGAUACCGAGUUUGCCCUGCUGUGCCCUUCAGAGAACCCCAGUGCAGCCAUACUAGCAGCACAACGAGGUGGGGUGAUCCUCUACAGGGUAGGAGGUCUCCAUGUGGAUCCCCAUCGAAGACAAAAGCAGGAUUCUGAACUUCCAAGCUUUGCCAUGUUAACCUCCAAUGACGAUAAAUACAGCCCCCCACAAAUACGCCCCUCUAUAUUUGCACACACAGACUCUUCUCACAUGCGGCAUCUGCUGAAGGCAGGAGACGGCAUCACAGAGGGACUGGAUUCUCCUAAGUCUUUUGCAUCUGAAUAUCAGAGUGAGGAGAGUGGCAGUGAGGAGGGAGUCAUUGGAUAUUGCCCCCCAGAAUGCCCAACUCUUCACGAUUUAUCACCUGGAGUCAAACUGCCUCACAAGCUGAGACUUAAGUGCAGGCCUCAUGGACAAGAGGCAUAGGGGGCAGAGAGAGAGGCCUUCCACCGGAAGCUUUUGCUGUAUAGAGACAUAAUGCCAAACAUAUAAGCCAAAGAGACUUCCAUGCUGUCACAUGAACUAAAGAGACAUAACCCACCACUGUGACUAUGUGACACACCAGUUGGUACCAUGUGCCGGGUAAGGGGCAGAGGAGGAAGAAAAGGGAGAGCAAAAUUGUUACUGUAAAUAACUUAUGUAAAUAGUAAAAUAAAAUAUCAUGGAAAUAUCCAACGCUCAGUUUUAUUUUCUU